AUGGACACAACGAAUGUUUUAUGCAUUCCUCAAGCUUAUAUUGAAACGUAUUUCGUUGUCAAAUCACUGCUAUGGAGUGUUCUGUUGGCUCUCUGGCUUGCCGUUUUCUUUGUGUUGGUGAAUUUCGAGGCUACGCGAAAAUUCCUUCAAAAACAUCCCGAUCUGUGCAGUUUUAACAUGUUCAAAGCGUCGGGACCAACUGAACAACAGAUAGAGCAAGCUUCGUUCACGUAUUGGCUCUUUGGCGAGGGAUGGGACGAUAAACUGCCACCUGGUGAACAACACUCCACACCUCCAAACAAAAAGGUGACUGUACGUUGUGAUGGACCUGAUGCUGGCUACAUAGCAACUUCUGCAUGUAUAAUCUCGUCGGCACUAACGGUUCUAAAAGAUGCGGAUAAAAUGCCGAGCGGUGGUGGCGCUUUCACAACUGCUGAAGCAUUCAAGAAGACUGGUAUCUACGAAAGACUGGCCAAUUUCGGUAUCACAUUCAAAAUUGUCGAAAACAUGGCGUAA